GCCGGAGGGCUCUCGGGAGCUCCGCCCCGAACUUGAUCAGCUGAGGGCUGGAAUAGUCUGUUGACAGGAGCGACGGCAGUUGGGCUUCGGUCUGAGAGGCGGUUGGCGGCGGGGAGAAAGCCUUAGAAUGAGGAGACAAGCGGAAGGGCUCGCGGAAGCUUUCUUCGACGGCUUGGGCCGAGUUUAGGCAAGGCGCUGGCCGAGGCCUUCCUCCAAAGAAACAGGAAAGGCGGGGUUCAAACAGUGUCAAUCCAGAUGGAGCUCUUGCAAACCAGAGGCCCGGCCCAGCCAGAGGAGCCGCAGCCUUGGGGGAAACUGAUCCGCUUGGGGUGCCAGGAAGCUGAGCUGCACCUCUUGCUGAAGAAAGAAUGGACCAUUGGGAGGAGAAAAGGUUGUGACCUGUACUUACCUGGCAACAAACUGGUGUCCGGGGAUCACUGUAAAAUAAUAGUGGAUGAAGAAUCUGGUCAAGUAUCGCUGGAGGAUACCAGCUCUAAUGGAACUGUUAUUAAUAAACAGAAAUUGGUGAAGAAGCAGGUUUGCCCUUUGCAGACUGGAGAUGUGAUCUAUGUUGUUUACAGGAAGAAUGAGCCAGAAAACAAUGUUGCGUAUCUUUAUGAAUCUUUAUACCCUAGACAGGACCGAGCCAAUGACCCAGUAGAACCCAAUGUUGAAAGUAUGUGCCAUGUGACCAAAGAUACCUCAAGGACCGGGCAAAGUGAUGACAAGACCUCAGUUGCAUUGUCUGUGCCAGCUAGUCAAGCUAAUAAUGAUGAUGAACCACAGCCAUCCACUUCUACAUCAAACCUCUUUAAUGCUGCGUCUACCUCUCUCACUGAGUCCGUAGCCACUGUACUGGAGAAUCCCUCAACAUCUUGUAAAGGGCUGCAAUCGCUCCUCUUCGUUGCUGCACCCACUUUGCCUACCUGCCCACCAUUUGGUCCUGAACCAUCACUUGAACCUAAACAGCCAAACAUUUCUGGUAUUUCUUCAGGGGACAAAGGAAACAAACUGUUGGCUGUGACUGAGCUUAAAAGCAGGGAUGAAGGGGGUUUGGAGCCUCCAAGAAAGAAAACAAAAGGAGGUGGUGAUACUAGCUCGUAUCUUCAGGUGAUUACUCCAACUGAAUGUUUAACUAAAACAGGCACUGAAAGCACCAAGGCAGUGAAUGUGAAGCCAGACAAAAUGGAAGAAACACUCACUUGCAUCAUCUGCCAAGAAUUGCUGCACGACUGUGUCAGUUUGCAGCCCUGCAUGCAUACUUUCUGUGCAGCUUGUUACUCAGGAUGGAUGGAGCGAUCCUCUCUCUGCCCAACGUGCCGUUGUCCAGUGGAACGUAUCUGUAAAAACCAUAUUUUGAACAACUUGGUGGAAGCUUAUCUCACCCAACAUCCAGAUAAGUGCCGUAACGAAGAGGAUAUAAAAAGCAUGGAUGCUCGGAACAAAAUCACUCAAGACAUGCUACAGCCAAAGGUGCGAAGGUCCUUUUCAGAUGAAGAAGGGAGUUCUGAGGAUCUGCUGGAACUCUCAGAUGUAGAUAGUGAAUCCUCUGAUAUUAGUCAGCCAUACAUUGUGUGCCGACAGUGCCCAGGAUAUUGUCACCCCCUUUCCUCCCGACACCAAGAAGGAGAAACGGAAGCUGUGCAGGCAUUGGGGGAUGCCCCCUCUACCUCUGGCAGUUUUCCAGCAGCUGUGCAAGAAUAUGUGUGUCCUUCUCAAGGAAGCCACGUGAUAUGCACUUGCUGCUUCCAGCCAAUGCCGGACCGCAGAGCAGAGCGUGAACUGAAUCCACAUGUGGCCCCUCAGCAAUGCACUGUCUGUCUCCAACCCUACUGCCACUUGUACUGGGGCUGCACUCGGGUGGCAUGCUUUGGCUGCUUAGCACCAUUCUGUGAAAUAAACCUCGGUGAGAAGUGCUUAGAUGGAAUCCUUAAUGGCAAUAACUACGAAUCAGAUAUUCUAAAGGAUUACCUGGCAUCCAGGGGUUUGACAUGGAAAAACAUAUUGAAUGACAGUCUCCUAGCUCUUCAGAGAGGAAUUUUUAUUUUGUCAGAUUAUCGAAUUACUGGAGAAACAGUGCUCUGUUACUGUUGUGGCCUCCGCAGCUUCCGAGAGCUGGCUUAUCAGUACAGACAGAAUAUUCCUGUUGCUGAAUUGCCAGUGACUGUCACCGCACGUCCCGAUUGUUACUGGGGGCGCAACUGUCGGACUCAGGUCAAAGCACACCAUGCUAUGAAGUUCAAUCACAUUUGUGAACAAACUCGAUUCAAGAACUGAAGGUGUUUAUUGUGUCAAAAAUACAAAAAAGGGAAUGUGGAGUUGAACCUGAAAUGCUGACUCAAGUCACGAUUCCCUCACAGCAGGGAGUUGGUAAUGCUUUACAUCAGGUACUCUGGUGUGAUAUCUCUUUAAUUUGUAACAUUUUCAAGCUUGGAAGAAAGGUGAAAGUUCUGCUUGUUCUCUGUUCUUUGUUUUGGUCCUUUUUUCUAUAAAGAGAGAAUUGAACAAGUAAU